AGCCUGUUCGCCCAAAAAUACUUCUACAACUCGCUAACGUUACUGAGAGUGCUACAAUCAGUCACAGAAAGUGUGAAAAACCCCAGCUACGUUCAGAGAGUUAAAUUCGGCCCAGGGUGGAAAUUUGCUGGUUAUGAGAGUCUUAAUAGGAGGGGGCUCUGGCUUUGUGGGCCGUGAACUGACGCGCCUGCUCAGAGACAAGGGCCAUGAGGUCACAGUAAUAUCUCGCCAACCAGGUCCUGGAAAGUUAACAUGGGAUGAAUUAGAGUCUCGCGGCCUCCCACCAUGUGAUGGAGCUGUCAACUUGGCUGGAGAGAAUGUCAUGAACCCCCUUCGAUGGUGGAAUGAAAGCUAUAAAAAGGAUCUGUUCUCCAGUCGCAUCGACACUACAAAAGCUCUGUCUCAAGCUAUCACUGCGUCCCCCAGCCCACCUCAUUCCUGGGUGUUGGUAUCAGGUGUAGCUUGCUACAAACCCAGUCAGACAGCUGAGUAUACAGAAGACAGCGAGUGGACGCCGUUUGACCUCCUCUCAAAACUUGUGAAAGAGUGGGAGGCUGCAGCGCUUCUUCCAGAGCAUGUUGCAAAAACCAUCAAACAAGUCAUCAUCCGGCCUGGGGCAGUAUUGGGUCAUGAUGGUGGCGCCAUGAAACAAAUGCUGCUUCCCUUCUGGCUCGGUCUCGGUGGCACCCUGGGCUCCGGGAGACAGCCUUUCCCUUGGAUCCACGUCUCAGACCUGGCAGGAAUUAUCGCCCACUCUCUGGAGCCCUCUGCUGAUACUCCCUCCCCCUCGCCACAGGUGUACAAUGGAGUUGCACCAGCACUCAACACCAACUAUGAGUUCACUAAAGAAUUGGGACGGGUCCUGAGGCGGCCCACCAUCUUCCCUGUGCCUGGCUUUGUCAUGAACACCCUGAUGGGCUCUGAGAGGGCCGUGAUCCUCACUCAGGGCCAAAAAGUCAUACCAAAGAGGACUUUAGAGUCUGGGUUUCAGUACAGGUACCCAGACCUGACCUCAGCGCUGAAGCAGAUUGUUGGGAGUUAAAAGACAACAAAGGACUUCAUCUCAUUUUCUGUUAUUAUUUACUGUAUAACAAUACUUUAAACAAAUAUACACCAUCUCGUAUGAAAUGUUGUAAAUCUCCUCAGACCUGAGGAUUGAUGUAACUGUUGGUGGUGGUGAGUGUUGGUGAUGACGUUAAACCAGUUAAGAAAUUAUGUUUUAAAAGCUGCUAUUUAAAAUAAAAGUUGUGUGGUGCUCUGCAUCCUUUUGAUUAAUAUACAUCUGACAAAAAAUUAGUUUCCUACAUUAGUUUCUACGAUGUCUUUGUCUGUUUGAACAUCGAUGAGGAUAAGUGGUACACGAGGAAUCUGAACCCAGUUUAUCUGGUCUUGUCCUAAAGUACAUUUCCCUGGUUGAGUCAAGAUUGUUGGUAGAUUGAAAAGUAUUGUUGUGAGGUGAUUCCAUGAAUUGGAUGCAGUAAAAAAAUGCAUCAGCACACCAAAAAGCGCCAAUAAAUUAUUUUAUUUAACUGUUUUAAAGUUAAAUAAUGCUAAAUAAAACCUUAAAUGAGAUAAUGAAGAAUCAAUACGGAGCUGUUCGUCUAUAAUUAGUGUUUGUUAUUAACAUUGCAGUGUUGCACUGAUCUUACUGUGUGAUUAUAAUA